GGCGCUAUGUUACCUAAUCGGACGUGCAUGUGCGAAUUUUGUGAUAAUAAUGUCAAGGCCAAUGUUAAAAUUAUAGUUUUUUGUUGAAAUUUGCAAUAAUUUUAGUUUAAAUAAAAUAAAAUUAGAAACAUGUUAUUAUUUCCUAUUAUUGAAUAAUCGUUUUAGUGUUCAGAAUCGUCCUAAACCCUAAAGUACAAGUGUUGCUUCCGCGUCAUAACCUCUUUUCAAAUAAUAUCUAUGGAUGGAGAUAAUAUGCACGGUCACUGACAUUAGCACCCACAAUGGACCAGCAGUUCUGCUUGGCGAGCUGGAACAACCAUCCAAACAAUCUGACUGAUGUGCUUGCGAGUCUGCUACAGAGAGAAGCUCUCUGUGAUGUCACCCUCGCGUGCGAUGGGGAAACAGUCAAGGCACACCAAACUAUAUUAUCAGCAUGCUCCCCAUAUUUUGAAAGUAUAUUUCUACAGAACUCUCAUCCACAUCCAAUCAUAUUCCUCAAAGAUGUACGAUUCUCGGAGAUGAAAUCCCUCCUUGACUUCAUGUACAAGGGUGAAGUAAAUGUUGGCCAAAAUAUGCUACCAAUGUUCCUAAAAACUGCUGAAAGCUUACAAGUUAGAGGUUUGACAGAAAAUAAUACUUUAAAUCCGAAGUCGGAGGAGCGGUCGACGCCGUCGGUGAGCGCGGAGAACCUGUCGCGCGCCGAGUCGUUCGCGACGCCGCCCGCCGCGCACUGCGCGCCGCCCGCGCCCCUCACGCCGCUGCCGCCCGCGCCGCCGCCGCACCUGCCGCACCAGCCGCACGCCUCCCACGCCUCGCACCAGCCGCAGCUGCAGCCGCUCGAGAAGCGCCGCAGGAAGAACUCCACCGUGCCCCGCGACGACCUCGACUCCGCUUACCGUCACUACGAGCAGGGCCACCUAAAAUCUGGCAAGGGGGGUUCGACGGGGUCAGGAUCGGAGCCGUCGACGCCGCCGCCGGCGCACACCGCGGCGCGGCUGGGCACGCGCUCGCCUGCGCACACGCCGCUUGUGAAGCAGGAGCCGGACUCGCCGUAUGGCGCGUCGACUCUCGCGCCGCAGCAACCCGCGCAUGCACCGCCCUUUGACCAGCCCCACCUGCAGAACAUGGGAGGUGCUGAAAUUGCCUCAAUGUUGUCUCAGCAUCCGAUUAGCAACGAGUGUAAUGACAGUGAACAGAUAUUGCCACCCCAUGCGGACCAGACAGACACUAUUGAUGGCUCGAAGGGCUGGCACAUGCGGCUGACGUUCGAGCGCGUGGCCGGCGCGCUGAACCUGCACCGGUGCAAGCUGUGCGGCAAGGUGGUGACGCACAUUCGCAACCACUAUCACGUGCAUUUCCCCGGCCGGUUCGAGUGUCCGUUGUGCCGCGCCACGUACACGCGCUCCGACAACCUGCGCACGCACUGCAAGUUCAAACACCCCGCGUACAACCCGGACACGCGCAAGUUCGAGCCGCCGCCGGCGCCGCCGGGCGCGCCGCUGCACGCGCCGCUCGCGCAGCACGCGCCGCUCGCCCCGCACGCGCCGCUCGCCCCGCACGCGCCGCACGCCCAGCACGCGCCGCACGCGCAGCACGCGCCGCUGUUCGCCAACCACCUGGACGCGGGCUUCGACUGAUUGUCCAUGUACUGGCUCGGCCUCGACGCUCUGUGAGCGCGACGCUCCGGCCAGCUAGACUCGAGUCUCGCGUCGAACCGCUUCCUAUUUAGGAUUAAGCUGAAGUGCGAUUACUUGAACGGGCCUCACGUGGCGGACGCCUCGUUUUAGUAUGUCUCGGUUGUGCGUAUGACUUGCCCCGGUGUGAUCUUAUAUAUGAGAUGUUGCGUCAGGAAUUAUGUCGAUGUUACUGAGCUGAUGACUCGAAACGUGUGUAAGUAGGUAAGCAAAUUUUUUUCUAUACCAAUCGCUAUACGGGAACGGGCAAAAGCAAUAAUAUGAUGUUAAUUUUAUUAUUACCAUAUUAUUUUUUAUAUUGUAUCGAUAGGAAGGUUAAGAUAUUUAAGAGUAUACAUAUAUCAGUAGCGGUGCGACCGCGAAGUGAUGCUGGCUAUUAGCGCGGGCCCCCUGCGGGCCUACACUUUCUUGUUAUAUUUAUUCACUAGAUAGGGAAUUUUGAGUUUCCUGUAGCUAAUUGUAUUUAUGUUAUUAAAUCCUAUGGGUGGAGCGAAACUACAUCAGAGCAGGAUAUUAGGGGACUGGCAAGAGAAUGUGAUCUGUCGUUGGUCAACGACAUAUAAAUAUUGACUGAAUCUCAGUGUAGAUGCAUUUGUAACUCUAUGAGGCCUUUGCAAGAUGGAUAAAUAUUAAGGAUUUGUGAUGUAUUAAAAGGAUAGCGCCUAAGGACACAUACGAAAAGAUUUUUAUAUUAGACUAGUUGAUCUAUUUACGGAGAUUGUUUUUUUAUACUUGAUAUAUUCUAUUGUCUGAUUUAAUAUACUUUUAUAUUUAUAUAACUAUAUUAUGAUAUGAUUUAUUAGUGUUGUUUGUUUUUGAUUCAUCAAGUAGUAACAUUGAUUUGGUUUACAUUGAUAUUGAGUUUAGUAGGCGGUGCCGUGCGACCGCGAUGGUAGGUGUUUAGUUGCGUACGCGUGCGUACGUGUGCGCCCGCAUGCGUACGGAGCGAGCCCAGUGGACUUCGGGAUCGCUCGCGUGUGAUCGGUGCUUGGGGUCGGUGACCUCUUUCAAUCAAUUAAUAUAAGAUAGGCAGGAAACGUUUCGAGGUUGCGCAUUUAGUAACUAAUAUUGGCAUUCUACGAUUGGGACUAACCUAGCGUUUAUGUAUGUAUUUUUCAAUUAAGAUUUAAGAUUGUUACAUUUUUAGCUAAACACUUUAGAGUGGUACGGUAACUGAAAUGUGAUAAAAUGGAAUGGUGCUAGAACCAGAGUGUUAACACGCUACGAUUCGACUCCUAUUGUAAUAUUAUUAAUGUUUUAAUGAUUAGUUAUUUUGCAUUAAUGUAAGGCAUCUAGCAUCCAAUUGAGGUCGCAUCUGUCUGGUCAACGGGUAAUAAAAGCAUGGAUCGUUACACGCCUAGAGAUUACAGUAUCACUCGAGAUUUUAAAUUAAUUUUUCUGAGAUCUUCAAAGUUUACUAAUACAUACAUGUAGUGUAAUAAGACACAAAUUAUAUAAAUAUAAAUCUGAUCCUUGCCUACCGAAUAGGAAACAUUGGUCAACUUUAUUAGCAAUAUCCGCUGAUCCGAAUAGUGAAUCCGUGAUCGUGGCCCACAACGUACGUGUUGUGGCAAUAUUCGUUAGUACUGUUAAGUAGCUGUGAACAUGCAAUUCCACUUGUGCAAUUUAUUGAAAAUAGUCAUAACUCAUAGCUAGAUUAUACAAUUAUCUAUUGAAUAUAGGGGCCCACGCAAUGUUCCCGCAACCCCUAAUGAUAGUCACCAAAUAUACAUCUUCCACAAAGAUUUUAUAAUAUUUACUUUAAGGAUAUCAAAGAUUUUUAUAAAUACUGUUCAUUAUAAUGUGGGCGCUUAUUAUUUGAUAGCAUUUCAUACUCAGUGCAAUAUUACUAGUUAUUUAAUUACGUAACCAAACUAAAGGAUAUUUUAAAAGUAUAUAAGUAAUAUCAUUGAAAGAGAACUACCUAUUCGUAUUUACAUAAGUGACUACUCCAAUUUCUAUUUCUACUUAGUGAAACGCAGUUUGGGUUACGGUGAUGUACAGGUUUGAUAGCUGGUAAUAUUAAUAAUUAGCUUGUUUACCUCUGCCAAUCGUAAUAGUUGUGUACUAUUUAAUAAUUUAUUGUCGCGCAAGUUGUUCGUCUUGUUAAAAUAGAUCAUAGCUAUCCGAUACGGGUCCCAUUGCCCAGUGAGUAAACGAGUCAAUGAGUCAAUCAUUGUGCUGAUCUCCCAGUCAGUAGCGAGCGACUGACGCGUCAAACGCGCCAAACGCUUCGAACGCUUCAAUCUAAUCGUGAAUGCAUUUUUAUAUUACUAUUACUCGAGACCAAUUUUAAUAUUGAAUUUGCUAUAGCAAAUUGAUUGAUUAGUAACAUAGAAUAUUAUUUUAGAUAUUUUAGGUUAGGAUACUACGAUAGUGUCUGGCCAGAAUAUUUUGGAGUAUCACAUCGUUUGGCUCAGAAAAUAUCUACCUUUGAUCUCUUUUUCAGCUUUCAAAAAGUAUGCAACUUAAUAAUUGUAAUGGUGACCACGUUUGGACUUAAUGAAAGCUAACUUUAUGCCAUAUGGAAUUAAUACAUAAGGUUAACGAAUUACUAAAUUUAGUCUUAUGAAAAUGAGGUCUUGUGGACCUAGUCACUUAUUUGGCCAAUCUAUUGAAUAUUCCAAUUUAUUGUAUUUUAAAAUUUACAUUUGUAUCACAAAGAUGUGAUAUCUUAUCAUUUGAAAUCAAUGGAGUGCAGGAUUAGCGCUGAGGUUAUUUUCAGGAUAGCAAUGGUCUAGUUAUGUUUAUUUUGUUUCUUUAUAACAUUAGCAAAUUUGUUAUAGUGUCGUAAUAUCACAAUAGUGUAAUACUAAUAGGGAGGGGGUGUCAAAUCGUGUACCUAACGACGACGAUAGUCUUGUUAUAUUAUUAUUACAAGAAAUUUUAUGAACCAUUUGUUGUUUAUGAAUAUUUUGUUUGAUGUCUUGGUUUGAUGCCUCCGUUAAAGUUUAAUUUAAAUGAUUUUGUUUUAUGCAAGCAGUUAAUGCAAUUUUUUUUUAUUUCACAUUGUUUGAUGUUAUGUAAUGCAAUUUUAACAUGUUGCAAACUCCUGCAUUUAUCUGUUGUAUUUAUUACUAAUUUUUACAUUAAAUUGUGGUAUGUUACAAA